AAUGUUUACAUCCGGUACUUCGCGUAGUAGUGCAUCGUUCCCGCCACGGAUUCCAGGAUUAGUGUAAGUAUCAACAAAGAAGAUGCCUGCAGCAAAGCGGCAGAAGAAGAAGGCCGAGCCUGUGGCAGCUCCUGUGGAACCUUCGUCAGAGAUAUCUGUCCCAGAAAGUCACAAUGACCGAGAAAGCGACAGUGACUUUGAAGAACCAGCCCAUGUGAUCGUCGCAGCUGCCAAAAGGAAACGCCAGAGGAAAGCACCUGAAGGGGGUGGUCGUCAAAGGAAAGCUGGCGGUGGAGGAGGUGGCCGGGGGAGAAAGAAGAGUGGGGAGGAGGAGGAUGCAGGUACUGGCAGUAUGUUUGACGUGGUUAGGGGAGGACGAUCUUCACUACAGUCUUCCGUGGAUGACUGGAUUGAAAAAUACAAGAAUGACAGAGAUGCUGCACUGCUAGAGCUGAUCCAGUUCUUUGUGCAGUCCUCCGGCUGUAAAGGCAAGAUCAGCCCUUACAUGUACGCCAACCAAGAACACUCCGAAAUCAUCAGGAAAAUGACAGAGGAGUUUGAUGAGGACAGUGGUGACUACCCACUGAUAAUGAGUGGGCCGCAGUGGAAGAAGUUCCGCUCCAACUUCUGUGAGUACGUACAGGUGUUGGUACGGCAGUGUCAGUACAGUAUCAUCUACGACCAGUACAUGAUGGACAACAUCAUUUCCCUCCUCACCGGGCUCACCGACUCGCAAGUCCGUGCCUUCAGACACACAUCAACAUUAGCUGCCAUGAAGUUGAUGACAGCUCUGGUAGAUGUGGCACUUAACUUAAGUAUCAACUUAGAUAACACCCAGCGACAGUACGAGGCUGAGCGACAGAAGCAACAGACCAAACGCGCCAACGACAGGUUGGACAUGCUGUUACAGAGACGACAGGAGUUGGAAGAAAAUCAGGCAGAAAUCAGAAACAUGUUGACAUAUAUAUUCAAGGGAGUUUUUGUGCAUAGAUACAGAGAUGCUCAGCCAGAGAUCCGGUCGAUAUGUAUAGCAGAAAUAGGGGUGUGGAUGAAGAGAUACCCCAACAUGUUUUUAGACGAUGGUUACCUGAAAUACGUUGGCUGGACAUUGUAUGACAAGGUGGGUGAGGUCCGUCUUCACUGUCUGCGUGCCCUCCAGCCACUUUAUAACACAGAGGAUUUGGCUCACAAAUUGGAGCUCUUCACCAACAGGUUCAAGGACCGGAUUGUGGAGAUGACACUAGACAAGGAGUACGAGGUGGCUGUACAGGGAAUCAAACUGGUCAUCAGCAUCCUUAAAUUUAAUGACACGAUCCUGGGGGACAAGGACUGUGAAAAUGUGUACGAAUUGGUUUACUCCUCACAGCGCCAGGUGGCGCAGGCUGCGGGCGAAUUCUUAAAUGCCAAACUUUUCCGCAAAGACGAGGAGCUGACAAGAACUCUUAAAAUACAUAAAGGAAAGAAGCAGAGUCUAAAUGCACCACUCAUCAGAGAUCUGGUGCAGUUUUUCAUUGAGAGUGAGUUACAUGAACAUGGAGCGUACCUGGUCGACAGUCUAUGGGAUAUCAACGACAUGAUGAGAGACUGGGAAUGUAUGACAGACCUGCUACUGGAGGAACCCCCUAAGGGCGAGGAACCCCUGGACGACAGACAGGAAACAAGUCUAAUUGAAAUUAUGGUAUGCUGCGUAAAACAAGCAGCCACCGGAGAAUCGCCCGUCGGAAGAGGUCCGAACAGAAAGUUAACAGCCAAGGAGAGUAAACAAGUUAUGGAGGACAAAACACGUCUGACUGAACACUUCAUUGCAACACUACCACAGCUUCUCCUGAAGUAUCUGAUGGAUCCAGAAAAAGUGGCCAAUCUGUUAACGAUCCCACAGUACUUCAACCUGGAGAUCUACACAGCCAGUCGACAAGAGAAGAAUCUGGAGCUGACAUUACGUUACCUACACGAGGUUGUGGAAAAACACACAGACACAGAGGUACUGGAGGCCAGUUCCAAGUGUUACGAAUGCCUGUGCAAUGAGGACUACGCUAUCGCAGGAAAGUGUGAUGUGGCCAGAAAAACCCUCAUUGACUCCCUGGUGGCCAAGUUCAAAGAAGCCAUGCAAGACUUCUUUGCUGAGGGUGAGGAGCCGGACGAGGAUGAAAUGUUUGCACUGGUAGCUUGUCUAAAACGAAUCUAUGCCUUUUAUAGUUGUCACAAUUUAACGAGUUGGAAUCUCUGGGACGAUCUGUUUCACAUCAUCAAAGCUGGAAAUGACAACCAGUUAGCCAUUCCCGAGGAGAUAAUCAGUAAAGCGAUUUCCUCGUGCAGUAUGGCCAUCCUGUGGUAUCUCCAGGCUCUCGAUACCAGUAACCCAGACAAAAACCGUAUGAGGAUGCUGAGGAAGAGACUGGAGGAACUGAUGAGGCAUUGUCAUGAGCUUAUGUUUCACCAGCAGGACAAAGUUACAGAGGAGAGCUACAUCACGAUCUGUGACCUGCUGAUCGUGUUCAGUAAACACUUGGGGGACAAUGGUGUGAUGAAGCCACUUGUGUUUGAACCAGACAAGACACUACAGACACAACUCAGCAACUUCCUCACAGAGAAAGUCUUCGUCGAGGAUGAGGACGAUGAUGUGGAUGAGAAUGUGAAGAUUGAGGAGCUGCACAAGCGACGUAACUUCCUGGCCUGUUUCUGUAAGCUGGUUGUGUACAACAUUGUCAGUAUCCGAGUCGCCGCGGACAUGUUCAAGCACUACAUGAAGUUCUACAAUGAUUAUGGAGACAUCAUCAAGGCAACACUAGCUAAGGCCAGAGAAAUCAACAAGGUGACAACAGCUAAGACCCUCGCUCUUAGUCUCACACAGUUAUUCCGUGAGCUGCACUCGGAACAAGGCAUGAUCGACAGAUCUUCGGAAGCCUUCCAGUCACUGAAGGAGUUGGCCAGAAGAUUUGCACUGUCGUUUGGUCUUGACCAGAUCAAGAACAGAGAGGCUGUAGCUGCCAUGCACAAGGAGGGUAUCCUGUACGGUCUCGCAAUGGAAGAAGGACACGAAGGACCCCCUACCAACAUUGCUUUCCUGGAGGUGUUGUGUGAGUUCACCAACAAACUCAUGAAACAAGACAAGAAAGUGGUGCUGAAUUACCUAGACAAGCACCUACCGGCCACAGGGAUUCCCCAGUCCAACCGCAAUGAUGAGUGGCAAUCUCUGAUCACGUAUCGUAACAGUCUGGUACAGGGAGAGCACGAAAUCCACCCCAUCACGCUGAAACAGGCCUCACAGAGGCGGUAUGGCAAACGCAAAGCAGAUGUCUCCGACCAUGACUCCAGCACUGGAGACUGGGGAGAACCCCCCACUCCUGCACCCAGUAUGGCGCCUCAACUAACCUCUACUGCCAUCAAACGUCGCCGUGCUGACGAGGAGAGUAUCGGGGCACCCUCGGAACCAGGAUCGGAACAGGACUUUCAGGAUUCCGGUAACGUUGGUAUGAGUCAAAUGUCCCAAGUGUCCUGGAUGAAUGCCCAGAAACAGCAACAAGAUUUACAGCGACAGAUGGAACCAAAUUACAGCAGGAUGAGACCGCCUUCUAACCUGCCCCCUGGUACUCCUCAGAUUGACACCGACCAGAGCAGUGAGGAGGCCAGUAUCCACGAUUUUGAGAGUCCCCAAAUGAUGGCCUCCACUCCUGCACAUCCCUCCCAUCAGUACCCUGGGGCUGCACACCAUCGCCAGUACCAGGCCCAGGUCCAUCCCUCCCCACAGGGUUACUAUGAUGAUGGAUCACAGCAUAUCGAAGACCCUUCACAGCAACAGGCUCCAGCUAUUCCUCAACAAAUGGCUCAGUCGGACAUGAGCCACCCUGGAUUUUGAAUGACAGGCAACAUUUUGCGGGCAGCUUUGGCCAUAACUGGAAAAAAGGCAGGGUUCAGUGGGACACCAUCAUAUCACAUGUGAGACGCGAUGUAAAGUUACAGUCUACACAAAACCAGAGAAUAACGCUGUGCGGAAAACCAUCUGUUUUGAACAACUUGGAAAUAGACUUCCACAGAAAUAACCAUUUUCAGUGAUGUUCAAGUUGUAACUCUCAAUGUCAAAACCUGUGUCUUGUUCGUCUGAAAAAUUCAAGAUCACGAUGGGGGAAAAAAAGUGCUAAACCAAUUAUAACAACUCCUCAGUAAACGACCAAAUAUUCUCAAAUAUGUGGAACAAAGUCCUGAUUGUGUUGUAUUUUAAGGAUAGUGAUCUAUUACAGAUCACCAUGAGGGAAUUGCAUCCUUUAACCCAGGAUGUACCUCAAGUAUAAUUUGUGGGGGUUUUAUGCCUAAAAAAAUUUGAAAACCUGCGAAAUAUAACUUGGUUUAAUAACUGUUAAACUUUGUCCGUGUCUUGUCCUACAGUUGUGUAAAAGUGUUGUUUAUUGUUCUAUAUGUCUGUACUACUUGAUUCAAAGUUUGUAACAGAAUUCAAUUAAAUCUAGUCAUUAUUAUUGUGCAAUUUUACUUACAUUUUAUCAUCAUGGUACUUGGUAAUUUUAUUGUUGAAUGAAAUAAAAUAAUGUAGUGUUGUAUGUAGAUUUUAUAUAUUUGACAUGGGUCUCCUAGAAUUGUAAUGAAAUUAAUUCAUAUGCAUCUAACACAGGAUGACAAAUAAAAAGAAAUUAAAGAAAAGAAAAAGACCCUGAAAGUUUAAACUUCAUGCAAAAUUUCAAUAUUUUUAUCUCGUUUUUCUCAUUUUAAUAAUGUGUCAAAUUGUUUCAUUGUAAUUUCUGUCAAUUAAGGGGAUGCAAUUUAUUAUCUUUGAAUUCUAUUUUAUUUAUAGUUUAUCAAAUUUCUUGAUUUUAUUGAAAAUAUUAGUAUGUUGCAUAAAUCCCUUUCUUUAAAUGUGUGUAUGAAUGUUAGAUGCACUAGUGAUUCAUGACUGAAUAUUUUCCUAAUAUGUUUGAAUAAAAAUGUUGUAAU